AUGCCGUCCAAAAAGCAUGGCCACGGCUUCCAAACGCCCGCGAACAGUCAACGAUCGAACAGACCAGACCUCCAAGAGCUCAACAAAAGGGAACAAGAUGCAAUCAGGGAUGAAUUCCUCACUAUCCCGUGCGUACAUUGCGCUGAUAUCUCACACUCUUGUCUCGAUUGUUCGAACACCGCUACAGAUUACAAGACCGGGCCUUACGGCUCACUCAGUCCCAGCAAGAAGCUAGGCGCUGACAAGUGGAUUGAUGAGCUCAAGAAGAGGUAUGCUGCCAACAAGACGGGUUUGAUGUUCGAUCGGGCAAUUAAGAACCGAGAUGAGCAACGAAAGGAAGCUCUAGAAAAACCAAAGCAAGAUGGCAAGAACGUGGUCAAGGAGAAGGUUCAGGAACAACAGGGUGGCAACAACUCGAGCCAGAAAGGAUCUACUGCCAAACCAACCGAAAACAUGCAAGAGUUGAGCACACCUCCCCCAAAUCAGUCUAUCGAAGGCGGAACUUCAGGAUCUCAGAACGCAAGUGGCAGCAUGAAGCUAGUGGCAUCUUACAACUUCGAUCACGAUCGAUCUGAAAUUGCAUCGCGAAGAGCACCCGCAGCCGCGGAGCUUUUGUCAACCUUUGAGAGCUUAGCUAGAGGACCUUCUGAUAAGGAUCUGAAAAUGCUACACGGUCAGCAACUCGCUUAUCCUGCGAGGACUGAAUUUGCCCAGUACAAGUCCAGAAAGACCGUACUGACAAAUCACUUUCAACUCAUGUGCAUGAAACCAAUCGAGCUUUACGAAUUCAAGGUUCCCGAGAUAGAAGGAAAAGGCAAACGCAAGGCACGUGCUAUUAUGAAGAGCAUCGUUGCAAACUUUCCCGUUCUGCGCAACAAUCCCACUCUGUUCGCCAUGGACUACUUCACAACCAUUGUCUCAUGGGUAGACCUCCGUACUUACAUGAACAACGCCAAUUACGCCAAUACCGCUCCACAAGGUUCUCCUGCGCAGUAUGAUCUGUUGACAUUUCCGGAUGGUCCGACUACGUUGCGAUACGAACGAACAGUGAACGUAGGUGAACUUUUCGCCUAUGCCAGGAUGGACCCAAACCUUCCCGCCACUUUUGAUAUCAAAGAAAUGAUCAGUUUGUUGAACAUUAUCAUUUCCAAGUGUGCUGAGGAGUCAGCUGUUGCAACCGUUCCCGGUGGCGCCAACAAAUUCUACCUCAAGGAGGCUCACGCUGCGCUCGGCAGUGGUGGGUCGUUAUGUACACACCGCGGGUACUCAUAUGCAGUCAAAUCUGGCGUUGGGGUUGUUCUUCUGAAUGUGAACUCAAUCACGAGUGCCUUCUGGCGUCCGAUCCUAUUUCACCACGUGUUGACUGACGAUGUAACAUUCGGAAGGAUGGAUUGGAAUAUUUUCGAGGGUGUGAUAUACGGCCUUCGAGUGUACAUUACAUACGAACGUGGAGACAAAAAAGAUCCAGACGCACACAAACGGUUGAACAGCGAAGAAGGACGAGUCAAAACCAUUACAGGACUCGGACUACAACCAGCCUAUGAAAUAUUCACACCAGAAGGAGGUACACCAACGACUGUUUUGGAUCAUUACAACAAAACGUAUGGACCCAAUUUUAUACAGCACCCAACCCUCCAGCUUGUCAACCUGGGGACGAGAGACGAGCCGAAGUGGUAUCCGGCUGAGAAGCUUCGCAUCCUGGCGUACCAGAAGUACAAAGGCCUGGUUCCAAGCAAUUUGACGAAUGCCAUGCAGAGAAUAGCUUGCCAGAGGCCGCCCGAGGCAAAAGCCCUGGUGGCUAUAGAAGGGCUGAAGACUCUUGGCUGGACUGACAACCAAGACGGGAAUCAGGCUGGCACUCAGGUUGCCAAUCAGACUUCGAACGAAGUUGGCAACCAGGCCGGGAAACAAAUUCCGAAUUUUGUAUUGCCAGGCUACCCCAUGUUCUAUCUUCGCCCGGCACUGUUGCGAGUCGACGGCGGGAAACUUGAUUAUCCCACAGUCAAGUAUGGCACGAACAGAACAGCAAGACUACCGCACCACGGGCGCUGGAAGUUUGCUGGCUUAGACCUCCACACGUGCAAUGCCCAAAGGUCAUUCAGUGCUCUGGUUCUCAGCGAGACAAAUCUUAGCGAUGGGUUGGCAACUGAUAUCUACGCCAAUCUGGCGGACUGGACAGCAACACAAUACCAGGUUGCUGCUGUGAACAAAGCAGCAGAGGUCCAGCUCACCAAUCUGAGCCACACCGCAAUUGACAAUGGCAUUCAGGAAAAACUGGGCAAAAACAAGCCCGAUAUGGCUCUUUUGGUGCUCAGAGGGAAAAGUAUUCCUGGAUAUUCAGCUUUCAAGGACCUUUGCGAUCGGAAGUUUGGUCUGCAUGCCAUAUGUGUCACUAGUCCUGGUCGGAACGGCAGGGACGGCGAUCGAUGGGGCAACAUCACCUUGAAGAUGAACCUGAAAGCCGCGGGUAUCAACCACACAAUAGAAAAAGGGAUGAUAUCGGCAUUGAUGAGGGAUACGCUGGUGUUGGGUGCGGAUGUUACGCACCCGGGUCCUGGUUCAGUCCCUGGCUGCCCCUCCAUCGCCGCCAUUGUGGGGUCGGUGGAUCAAUAUGCGGGACGUUUUCUCGGUUCUAUGCGUCUGCAAAGGGAAUCUCGGAAAGAGAUCAUUGAUGACGUGGCCGAAAUGUUCCGCGAGCGUGUCAGAGACUGGAUUGAUGAGAUGACUCCAUCUGAACAGCAAUACGUUUCUCUGCCGAAGAGGAUCAUAUACUAUCGUGAUGGGGUGAGCGAGAGCCAGUAUGAUCAGGUCUUAUCUGAGGAAGUGGCUACUUUCGACGCAGCUUUCUCUCAAGUAGUUAGUGAAUUUUACAAGAAGAAGAGGGUCAAUGUUGACGGCUACAUCCCGCAAAUCACUGCUAUCAUUUGCGGAAAGCGUCAUCACGUUCGAUUCUACCCGCCGAAUUCCACUGAGGCCGACCAAUUCUCCAAUUGUCAUCCAGGUACCACCGUCGACGAUGUUGUCACAUCUCCUCACUACCAGGACUUCUAUCUGCAGUCUCAUGCAGCUAUCAAAGGAACGGCCAGACCCGCACACUACUUUGUGGUCAAGAAUGACGGCAACAUACCUGUUUCCCAACUUAGCCAAUUUACACACGAAUUGUGCUACACUUACGUCCGUGCUCCGGUCGGUGUCUCGUAUGCAUCUCCAGCAUACUACGCUGACAGACUCUGCGAGCGAGGCCGCUGCUACCUUCGUAGCUACUUUGUAGCACCCAAGCAGACGCCAAUUCGUGAUGACUUUGACGAAUUCAAGCGUGACCAUGAGAGGAAGCUCAAGGCGGCGCGCGAGAAAGACUUCCCACCGCCAGCUAUAUCCAAGAGAAAGCUCAAGGCAAGGCAGUCCAAGGAUAAGGACCUCGUUGCAAGGGAGGAGGUGGACAGGAAGAAAGUACAAAAAGUAUGUGACGAAUACAUCAUGAAGAAGGCGAGGGAUGAAUUUAAGAGGUACAACAAAGGCGGCAAUCCUUGGCAUUCGAACAUCAGCAAGACGAUGUUUUGGAUGUAA